AUGAAACCCUUCCCCCUUGAGCCCUUCCCCAUUGAGCCCUUCCCCAUUGAGCCCUUCCCCCUUGAGCCCUUCCCCCUUGAGCUCUUCCCCAUUGAGCCCUUCUCCCUUGAGUCCUUCCCCCUUGAGCCCUUCCUCCUUGAGCCCUUCCCCCUUGAGCCCUUCCCCAUUGAGCCCUUCCCCCUUGAGCCCUUCCCCCUUGAGCCCUUCCCCCUUGAGCCCUUCCCCCUUGAGCCCUUCCCACUUGAGCCCUUCCCCCUUGAGCCCUUCCCACUUGAGCACUUCCCCCUUGAGCCCUUCCCCAUUGAGCACUUCCCCCUUGAGCCCUUCCCCAUUGAGCCCUUCCCACUUGAGCACUUCCCCCUUGAGCCCUUCCCCAUUGAGCCCUUCCCACUUGAGCACUUCCCCCUUGAGCCCUUCCCCAUUGAGCCUGUGCUUGUGUUUCCAUACUUCGCGUCAUUUACGUACAGACCGCAUUAA